UCUCUCUCUCUCUCUCUCUCUUUGCGCCCCAAAAGAACAUUUUGUUUGCGUGUCGCUUCAGGUUCAGUUCAACGACUUGACAAAAAAGAAAAGAAAAGGAGACGCCGGAGGAUUAAAACAUUAUUUUUUUGCGCCAUUUUCCCCCCUCAGAUUUCUAUUUUUUCCCUCCCCUUUUUCACUUUUUUUCCCCCUCUUCGGCGCUUUCUCGACCGGCCGCCAGCAUGAUGUCCUAUCUGAAGCAGCCGCCCUACACGGUGAACGGGCUGAGCUUAUCUACCUCCGGAGUGGACCUGCUGCAUCCUUCUGUCGGAUACCAAGCAACUCCUCGCAAACAGAGGAGAGAGAGGACCACCUUCACUCGGGCCCAGCUGGACGUGCUGGAGAACCUCUUCGCCAAGACGCGCUACCCGGACAUCUUCAUGAGAGAAGAGGUGGCCUUAAAGAUCAACCUGCCGGAGUCCAGAGUGCAAGUGUGGUUCAAAAACAGACGGGCCAAGCAUCGCCAGCAGGCCCAGCAGAGCCAGGCCGGGACGCAGAGCAAGCCCGCCAGCAGGCCGGUGAGGAAGAAGGGCUCCCCGCUCCGGGAGGCCGGUGAGGAGAGCGGCGCCAGCGGCCAGUUCACGCCGCCCUCCAGCACCCCUCUGCCGGCCGCCAGCAGCAGCGCGGCGCCCGUCUCCAUCUGGAGCCCGGCCUCCAUCUCCCCCCUCCCGGACCCGCUGUCCACCUCCUCCUCCUCCUCCUCCUCUUCUUCCUCCUGCAUGCAGCGCUCCUACCCCAUGACCUACAGCCAGGCGGCGGGCUACAGCCAGGGCUACACGGGCUCCUCGUCCUACUUCCCCGGGAUGGACUGCGGCUCCUACCUGUCGCCCAUGCACCACCAGCUGACCGCCGCGGGCUCCGCCGUGAGCCCCAUGGGCGCCGGCGGGGCCCCCGGCCACCUGAGCCCGGCCUACGGGCCGGCGGGGCUGGGCUUCAGCGGGCCCGCGGACUGCCUGGACUAUAAGGAGCCGACGGCCUCCGCCUGGAAGCUCAACUUCAACUCGGACUGUUUGGAUUACAAAGACCAGGCAGCGUGGAAAUUUCAGGUGUUGUGA